CCGGUAUGAUGAUGACAAUGACUAAUAUGAACCAAAAUUUUUGGAUAAAUGGUAAAGGUUAGGAGAAUGGAAAGAAGGAAACAAAAGUAGGAAGUUUUUCUUUUAGGAUGUGUGGUAAAUAUGAACACAUUAAGUUAAAAGAGAAGAGAGAAUAAAUGGAAGAAACCGAGGGAGGGGAGCUUGUUCAAAUAGAGAUCUUGUUUGAGUCAAAGGUAAUUUAAUCUAGACCCUUUAUAUGCAAGUAAAUUUUGAUUAUCAUAUAUAUUCUCUGCUAUUCCUGGAAAAUCUGCUACACUUUCAAAAUGAUCAUUAUUUGUACAUGUUGAUCUUUUUCUCGAUCUUGGUAUGGAAUCAAUCCCACUUUUCACCAUCAAAUAGCUCUAAUAAUGGUGGGCUAAUGCCAUUUAAAUACAAUUUUAUGUAUUUAAAUUGUUCUUGUUCCAAAUUUUGAUUUUUAUGUGGUGUAUGAUGAAGCAUAAUUAAAAAAGUUGAAGCUUCAAUUUGUUUGAGUAGAAAGAUUUGGAUUUUUAGGGGAACUUAGGGUUUGGGUUGAAAUUGGAAAAAUGGUUGAAAUUGGGGGAAAUUUCUGAAUCUAGGUUUUGUGUGAAUGGGUCACUUGGGGUGAUUGGUGAUAGUGUAAAGCUUAUAUAUAUAUUUGAGGAGAAAGAUUUGGACUUUUUAGGAAAUUUAGGGUUUUGGAUUGGAAUUGUAAAAAUGGUUGAAAUUGGGGAAAUAUCUGAAUCGGGGGUAUGUGGAAACGGGUCACUUGGGGUCAUUGAUGAUAGUGUAAAGCAAAUUGCUGCGUUGAGUGUUGGUGGGUCGAGGAAUUCAAGUCCGUUGAGUCGAUCUGGUUCGAGGAAUACUAGCCCGGUUGGUCGAAUGGGGUCUAGGAAUACAAGUCCAUGUAGACAGAAGGUUGUUAAGACAAAGCCGCGGGGUUUCGAUGAAGAAACGGUAGGAACAUUUUGUAAAGCUGUUCAUUUGGAUGUUCGGAUGGAGGAUAGUAUAUGGGCAAUGCUGCCUGAGGAUUUGCUGAAUGAGAUAUUAGCUAGAGUUCCUCCUUUCUUGAUAUUUCGGCUUCGUUCUGUUUGUAAGAGGUGGAACUCUAUAUUGCAGGAUAGUAGUUUUUUGAAAUUCCAUUCCCAAGUUCCAUCUCAUGGUCCUUGCCUUCUCACAUUUUGGAAGAACUCUCAAACCCCACAAUGCUCGGUUUUUAGCUUGCCAUUGAAAACAUGGUAUAGAAUCCCAUUCAUGUUCUUGCCUUCAUGGGCAUUUUGGUUGGUUGGUUCUUCUGGUGGUCUUGUUUGCUUUUCGGGAUUUGAUUGCUUGACUUUUAAAACUUUGGUGUGUAAUCCUCUUACGCAAGCUUGGAGGAUGCUGCCAAGCAUGCAUUAUAAUCAACAAAGGCAGUUGAUUAUGGUUGUUGAUCGUAAGGACAAAUCAUUCAGAGUUAUAGCUACCAGCGAUAUAUAUGGUGACAAGUCUUUGCCCACUGAAGUGUAUGAUUCAAAGUUGAACAGCUGGUCGGUCCACCAAAUAAUGCCUGCAGUCAACUUGUGUUCCUCAAAAAUGGCUUUUUGCGACUCAAGGCUGUAUUUGGAAACACUUUCACCACUUGGGUUAAUGAUGUAUCGACUCGACACAGGAUCUUGGGAGCACAUCUCAGCAAAGUUUCCACGGUCAUUGUUGGACGGGUAUCUGGUUGCUGGUGCACGGAAACGCCUUUACCUUGUUGGAAGGAUAGGCCUAUAUAGCACCUUGCAAAGUAUGAGAAUCUGGGAAUUAGAUCAUACUAAGCUACAAUGGGUGGAGAUCAGUAGGAUGCCUCCCAAAUAUUUCCGAGCUUUACUGAGGCUAUCAGCUGAAAGGUUUGAGUGUUUCGGGCAGGAUAAUUUGAUCUGCUUUACAUCAUGGAACCAAGGAAAAGGCCUCCUUUAUGAUGUGGACAAAAAGGUUUGGUCCUGGAUUGCUGGUUGUGCACUACAAUCUUACAACAGCCAAGUCUGCUUCUAUGAGCCAAGGUUUGAUGCAUCCAUCUACUGACAUUGAAUUAGCUUCUUAUCUAAUAAAUAUUCUCUCAAAGAGUAUUCUAUAGGGAUUCGUCCGUUAUUUAUAGUUUUUGAUCAUCUAAAUUACAUGCCCCAUUGUCUCGUACCGACAUGUUCAAAAUAUGACACAUUGUGUAUUUGAUGUUAGCCAUGGAGUGACUGUUUCAUCAUUCAUGGCCUCAUGGUGAGAAUGUUCGACAUACAUUUCAUAGUGCUGAACGAUUUUGCUUCCCGACAAGUUCACUAUGGCAGUGGGUGGUCAGUUGUUCAUGAGGUACAACUAGCCAUUUUGACUAGAAAUAGUGAUGAAGUGCUGAUGCAACUUUUAGAAUACAGUAGGUUGAGGCUGGUGAUAUUGUUAGUCGACGAGUAAACAUUAAACUUUAUUUGUGGAAGACUAUGACAUAACCUUGUUGUCUGUGCAAUUGUUGUAUAUUAAUAGACGAUGUCAAGCAUCCUAAGUCUCCUAUCCUAUGUAAAUUAUUAUCAGUGUUAUACACAUCGGAUUAAAGCUUUGACAUUUUUGUCAUUAUAUACAAUUUUUAAGUUUUAUACAGUUCUAGCUUGAAAA